UCCGGUGUAUACCUUCCCGCUCUUCUAGAAAGGAAAGAAAAAAAAGAAAGAAGGAAGUGAGAAAGUGGAAGAGAGGUAGGACAUAAGAACGUUCUUACUUACCUAUACCUAUUACCUACUGUUACUUCUUUUUAGAAGUAAUUUCUCUAUUCUCUAUUCCACUUUCUAUAAAUAAUAUCAUUAGACUUGAUGUUAGGUUAGGCAUAUAGUCUAAUCCUUCUAUUUAUCUAUAUUCCUUUCUCACUUCAUUUGUCUAUUAAUAAUUAGACCUUUUUCAUUACUCCAAUGAUAUAACCAAUCGAAAUCAACCUUAUAACACAGAAACGUCGAAUUAUACUAUAGAAGGAAGAAAAAUCAUGCAUGAAGAACCAUUCGACGGGGAUUGCGGAUGGCAGGGUGGAAAUGUCGGGCCGUGGGGGCCGGCCGAUUGCGGGGAACCAACACCCGUUACCAUCUCCGUUGACGAUGAUGACGACGACAACAACAUUAUUCCCAACCUUACCAAUUUCACCAACAAAUCCAAUCCUACCACUAUAACCAACAAUCUCGAAUCCGUACCCGAAUCUACUUCUAAAAGUCUCCAAAUUUCCUACCGGGAUAGGGAAACCCUAAGCGAAUUCGAAGCACUCAUGCUCGGCGAAUUGUCUAACGACGGAUCUUCGGAAGACGACGAUAUGGAAUCUUCGGGCGCUAGUUCGGCCGACGACGAUGCAUCUUCUUCAGCGUCAGCUUCGUAUUUUCCGUUUAUGGAAUUACCGCUUGAGAUCCGAUUACAAGUAUAUCAUUGGUUACACCUUAUGAACCCGAUCCGGUUGACGCAAUUCGCGCCUUGGUACCCGAUUCCGAUCGUAGGUGCGUAUUAUGUCAAAGCUGUGACAUUGGAUUUAGCGCGGAAUAGACCUAGACGGGAUUCUGCAAUUGGUACGGAGGAGGGGGAGGGAGAUGUGGAGGAGGUCCCGUUGAAGGCGAAUAUUCCGACGGUCCCGCUGCUUUCGCCUUGGCGCCCGCAUUGCUGUAUGCCUACUGCGAUGCUUAGAGCCAAUCGACAGGUUUAUUAUGAGAGUCGGGGUCUGCCGUUUCAGGAGAAUGAGUUUGUGUUUGUGAAUUGGUUCGCUUCGGGGCUUUGGGCUGCUAGGUCGUUUAUUAGGGGAUUACGACCUUGGCAGGCGCAGACUAUGCGGUAUGCAAGGCUUGAGCUAUUGUCGAGGGAUUUGUUGGGGAGGUAUGCGGAGGAUUGGAGGGAGUUGUGUGGUGUCUGGAGUGCUGGGCUCAGAGGCUUGAGAUUGAAGAUUCUUGGCGGAGGGGGGGCUAGUGCGGGUGGUACGGGAGCUGGUGGUGUAUCGUGGGUUGUUGCUGGAUCACCACAGAGAGGUGCGCCGACCGUGAGGGUGUGGGAUAAUGAGGAUAAGGCGGAGGAAUGGAUUGAGAACGGUCUCAAGCGAUUGAAACGACUUCGAUGUCUUGAGGUUGAGCUGUCGGUCGCAGAUUGGGACGAUAAAGCUAAAGUAGAUUGGUGUCGAUGUCUGGAGGAAGCUGUGAACGAAUCAAAGGCCGACGGAGAGCGGCAUGUUCGAGUUUCCUGCGUCGAGAGAAAGACCUAGGACUGGGAAAGAUACAUACGUCAUUCGAGAUCAGGGGGUUAUCAUUAGUUAUGAGCACAUUAGACGGCAACUGUGAAUUUGGAAAGGGGAGUUGCGACAGGAUAAAGGGCCUAUAAACACGGCGUUGCCUGGGGGGUAUAUUUUAGACGGUUAAUACUAAUAAUCACUCUGCACUGCUAUUUGAUUUUCAGUACCAUUUUUCCUUCUUUCCAGUUGAAUGAUUAGAUGGUUAGGUACUUUUCCUACCUGUACUGUGAAUCUGACCAGUAAUACGCC